UGCAACAGCAGCGAAGAAGAAGGCCGAGGAUGCCGAGCAGGCACGUCUGCUGGCACUUGAACAACAGCGCCAACAUGACGAGGCAGCAGCAAGGGCUGCCGAUGAAGAAAGGAACCAGCGUCGAGAGAAGAUAUUUACCGGUAUUGACAAUGACAGCGGAAUGGCGAACCGAAGCGGAGGAUGGCAAGUUGGAGGAUAGCGCAAACAAGAUCGCGCUCCUCCUCUCGCACCUCACAGAUCUCCUCGCAACCUGUAUUACACAGCAGGCAGAGAUCCUCGGUCUCGACACCUCGCCAGCUCACGUCCAAGACCGCCUUCGGAGGUUGGAGCAGCGACCAGUCGCCGCCGCCGACGCAAGCUCUUCCAACACUGCCGACCGCCUCAAUGCAUUGAAGAUGGACGUCGGCUCACUCAAGGAUGACGUGCAAUCACAGCAGACCGCGACGCAACAGUUGCAACAGCGGAUCUGCACUACCGCCACCACCUCGAGUUCAAAACCGCGCGAGACAACUCUAAAGUUCGACGGGCAGGAGAUCUUCUGCGACUCAAUGAAGACAGAUCCGAUUCCAUGGUUUCAAAAGUUCGAGCUCACGCUGCAGCUCCACAACGUCAAGGAACUCAAGCACCACGCAUACUUGUACUCUCUCUCAGGGGACGCGUGUCAGGCUUGGUUGGACAACUUGUUGUCCAAGUACGGAGUGGUAGCCAACGACUUGCACACCAAGAUCAGUUGGGAUGAUCUGAAGGCGGCAUGGCACAAGCGGUUCCAGGUGGAGGCGCCGAAGAUCAAAGCCAUGGACAAGCUCAUGGUCUUCGAGCAAGGCACGCUGCCGAGUACGGACUGGAUCGCCGAGUACCAACGCUUGACGUCAGUCCCAGACAUCCAGAUGGGCUUCAAGGCCAUCCGCCACUACUUCAUCUCUAGGUCAUGUCCUACAUUAAGCAAUGCCCUGACUCAUGUCGAGGACACCUUGACGACGACGGCGGAGUUGUUCGACAAGGCUGCGCAGAUCAUUAUCACGAACAAGGAGACCAAGAACCUCCGUUCAUCUGCGUCAGGCCCGAGCAGGGACCAGCAUCGGCCAAGAGUGGCCGUGGUCGCAGCGGCAGCGCCGUUGGACCAAACCAGCGAGGCUGUGUCUGCCAGUGAAGGGGACAGAUUCGCAGCCGCCCGGGAAGGCCGCUUGCCGGGACUGCAAUACGCAGCACUUAGCGCUAAUCUUCACACUUACUUAUCCUUCUAUGCACCACCAACUUCGCCGACGGAUGACAAAGUCGCGGUGAGGGACAUCCUCGCAUAUACUACCAAGGUGGCCCAUGAGUUUCGCACGCAGCGGUACGAUGACAACAACGCACCGCUCAUGUAUGUCCGCAUUCAGGUUGGGGAAGCGUCCUGCAGCGCUUUGCUGGAUAGCGGCGCGUCUCACAACUUCAUGAGCCAGUCCUUUAUGCAAAAGGCUGGCCUUGGCGCACAAGCUUGGAGGAAGGCAAACCCGACGACGAUCAAGUUGGCGGAUGGAAAGACGCAACAACUUCUCGACCAUUACAUCGAGGCCGUACCGGUCUACUUCGCACCUCAUGCAUGCGAACCGGUAACAUUCGAUAUUCUCGAUACGGACUUCGACAUCAUUCUGGGAAUGCCUUGGCUUGCAAGUGCGGAUCAAACGAUCAACUUCCACCGGCGGACUCUUAGCGUUCGCGACGCCUUCGGCGCGGAAGUGGCGUGUACUAUUCCUCUACCGCACCCUUCGAUCCGGUGCCAAGUGGUGACGGCCAAAUCAUUCCGGGCAACUUGCGCUUACGAGCAGCCCGAGGAGAUUGGCCUAUGUUUUCUACGGACCGUCGCGGUAGCCGACUCUUCACCCAUGAACUUGUCUUCGGACCCCCGUGUGGUACGGUUGCUGGACGGGUUCGUCGAUAUCUUCGAGUCACCUACCGGUGUGGUGCCGGAUCGGCCGAUCUCUCAGGAGAUCAUUCUUGAGGCCGGUGCCAUGCCGCCGAGAGGUUGCAUCUAUCGGAUGAGCGAGGAGGAACUUGAGGUCCUCCGCGCACAACUCGACGAUUUGUUGGCCAAGGGUUGGAUCCGCCCUAGCAGCUUCCCAUAUGGAGCACCAGUUCUCUUUGUCAGGAAGAAGAACAAGGAUCUACGACCGUGUAUCGACUACCGCAAGCUCAACGCGCAAACCGUCAAGAAUGCGGGGCCUCUUCCUCGCAUCGACGAUCUUCUUGAGCGAUUGGGCGGCGCAAAAUAUUUUUCCAAGUUGGAUUUGAAAUCAGGAUAUUAUCAAAUCUCGAUCCAGCCGAACGAUCGCUACAAGACUGCGUUCAAGACGCGGUACGGGCAUUUCGAGUGGGUGGUCAUGCCUUUUGGCCUCACCAACGCCCCGGCGACCUUUCAGGCGGCAAUGACCAAUGAAUUCCGUGCAAUGUUGGACCGGUUCGUGCUGGUCUACUUAGACGAUAUUCUCAUCUAUAGCCGGUCAUUGGAGGAUCAUCUUGGGCAUCUUCGACGAGUGUUGGAGACGCUCCGCCGCGCCAAGUACAAGGCCAACCGCGACAAGUGUGAAUUUGUCCGGCAGGAGCUGGAAUACUUGGGCCAUUUCGUCACACCGGAGGGCAUCAGUCCGCUAUCGGACAAGAUUCAGGCCGUCCGAGAGUGGCCGGAGCCUCAGAACGUCACAGAUGUCCGCUCGUUCCUCGGUCUYGCCGGCUACUAUCAGCGCUUCAUCAAAGGCUACUCGAAGAUCGCGGCCCACUUGAACAAGCUUCAAUGCGAGGAUCGGCCGUUURACUUYGGAGAGGAGGCGCGGGGAUCAUUCUUCGCUCUCAAAGCCGCGCUAUUGUYUGCGGAGGUCUUGCGGAUAUACGACCCGCUCUUGCCUACGCGCGUCACUACGGAUGCGUCAGGCUAUGGCAUUGGUGCAGUCCUCGAGCAACAUGACAGUGUGGACUGGCACCCGGUCGAAUACUUCAGCAAGAAAGUGCCCAUCGUGCAUUCCAUUGAUGAUGCACGCAAGAAGGAGCUCCUCGCCUUCCUCCACGCGCUCAAGCGGUGGCGGCACUUCCUCCUUGGUCGAAGCCAAUUCCGAUGGGUAACGGACAACAAUCUGGUGGUCUUUUACAAGACCCAAGACACCGUCAACAGCACCAUCGCUCGAUGGAUGACUUUCAUCGACCAAUUCGACUUCUUUCCCGAUCACAUUCCCGGGAAGUCGAACCGUUUUGCGGAUGCUCUUUCACGGCGUCCGGAUCAUUGUACCGCGGUGUACUCAACCUUCGAGAUCGACGACGACCUGCGGAACAGUUUCAUCCGCGGCUACCAAGCCGACCCCGAGUUUCACGACAAGUACGCGAAUUGCUCCUCUCCUAAUCCGGCUCCUUCUCACUACCGGAUCUAAGAGGGGUACUUGCUUGUCCACACGCGGGGGAAGGACCUUCUUUGCGUACCAAGUGAUCCUCACUUGCGU